AUGAUCAAUUCAUCAUCAUCAUCAUCAUCAUCAUCAUCAUCAUCAUCAUCAUCAUCAUCAUCAUCAUCAUCAUCAUCAUCAUCAUCAUCAUCAUCAUCAUCAUCAUCAUCAUCAUCAUCAUCAUCAUCAUCAUCAUCAUCAUCAUCAUCAUCAUCAUCAUCAUCAUCAUCAUCAUCAUCAUCAUCAUCAUCAUCAUCAUCAUCAUCAUCAUCAUCAUCAUCAUCAUCAUCAUCAUCAUCAUCAUCAUCAUCAUCAUCAUCAUCAUCAUCAUCAUCAUCAUCAUCAUCAUCAUCAUCAUCAUCAUCAUCAUCAUCAUCAUCAUCAUCAUCAUCAUCAUCAUCAUCAUCAUCAUCAUCAUCAUCAUCAUCAUCAUCAUCAUCAUCAUCAUCAUCAUCAUCAUCAUCAUCAUCAUCAUCAUCAUCAUCAUCAUCAUCAUCAUCAUCAUCAUCAUCAUCAUCAUCAUCAUCAUCAUCAUCAUCAUCAUCAUCAUCAUCAUCAUCAUCAUCAUCAUCAUCAUCAUCAUCAUCAUCAUCAUCAUCAUCAUCAUCAUCAUCAUCAUCAUCAUCAUCAUCAUCAUCAUCAUCAUCAUCAUCAUCAUCAUCAUCAUCAUCAUCAUCAUCAUCAUCAUCAUCAUCAUCAUCAUCAUCAUCAUCAUCAUCAUCAUCAUCAUCAUCAUCAUCAUCAUCAUCAUCAUCAUCAUCAUCAUCAUCAUCAUCAUCAUCAUCAUCAUCAUCAUCAUCAUCAUCAUCAUCAUCAUCAUCAUCAUCAUCAUCAUCAUCAUCAUCAUCAUCAUCAUCAUCAUCAUCAUCAUCAUCAUCAUCAUCAUCAUCAUCAUCAUCAUCAUCAUCAUCAUCAUCAUCAUCAUCAUCAUCAUCAUCAUCAUCAUCAUCAUCAUCAUCAUCAUCAUCAUCAUCAUUAUGA